AGGAGAGCCAUCUCUGAUGAGAUUAGGGCAACACUUGUUGAUCAUGUAAUCAACCACGGUUUGACCAUGAGAGAGGCUGGACUGAGAGUCCAGCCCAACUUGAGUCGAUUUACAGUGGCGUCCAUAAUUCGAACCUUCAGAAAUGAGAACAGAGUGGAAAGGCAAAGACAUCAUGGAGGACGAGGAUGCUUGUUUACAGAUGUACAAGAGACUGCAAUUAUAAAUAUGGUUUUGGCCAACAAUGCAAUUAGGAUUCGAGAGAUAAGAGAGCAUAUCUUGAAUAAUGACACCAUAUUCAACAACAUCAAUGCUGUAAGCCUGUCGACCAUACAACGCAUCCUCCAACGGCACCAAGUGACGAUGAAACAACUUUACAAGGUGCCAUUUGAGAGAAACUCUGACAGAGUCAAGAAUCUGCGACAUGACUUUGUAGAGAGAGUAUUGGAGAUGGGUGCCCAUGUAAUUCACCACGAAUAUAUUUAUGUGGAUGAGGUUGGCUUCAACCUCACCAAAACCAGGUGCCGUGGACGAAAUGUAAUAGGACAGAGGGCAAUUACCAAUGUCCCUGGACAGCGUGGGGGUAAUAUAACCAUGUGUGCUGCCAUCACUCAAAACGGGGUCCUCCAUCACAAUGCCACACUGGGUCCGUACAACACCGGCCAUAUACUCACUUUUCUGGAUGCAAUUCACACAAUGCUUGUCCCUGAUCCAGAUCAGGAGCCUGCUAGAUUUGUGGUUGUGUGGGACAAUGUUAGUUUUCACCGGGCUGUUCUGGUCAAAACUGGUUUGCCACCCAUCCACAAUUUGUAG